AUGUCUUUGAAGCAAAUUGUACGAUCUCGGAAUUCUUUACUGCUAUUGAGGUUAUUUGUUGUUCGAAAUAGUUCUCGUAUUCCCAUUUCUAAAAGUCGACAAUUUUCCUCUUCAUUUAUGCCAUUAUCCUUUCCUCACUUGCCGCGCGAAUCUUUUAAUAUUUCGCCCUUCUCGGUACAAAUUAAGGAGGAUAAUGGCUUGCCUUCAGAACCUCUCACCUUCCAAGGUCGAGAAUUACCGGAUUUCCUGAUAAAAAUUAACUCACCCGUCGGAAAAGAAAUAUUUAAGGAAUCACUGAAUCAGGGUUAUGCCGAAGGUUACUUUAACCUUUCCAGUUGUUUUUCCCAUCAGAUGGAACCUUCAUAUUGCGGCUUAAGCUCUUUGUCAGUGGUUCUUAAUGCAUUACAGGUCAAAGACGCGCCAGUGUGGAAAGGUCCUUGGCGAUGGUGGUCUGAUGAACUCUUGAGUUGUUGUUCUCCCAUAGAGGAAGUUAAGAAAAACGGUACCACUUUUGCUCAGUUCGCGUGUUUGGCGAAAUGUCAUUGCGAUGUGGUUGUUAAGCGUGCUGAUCACAUCACAAAGGAAGAAUUUAUUGAAGAUUUAAAAAAAGUUUGCUCUAGUUCAGAGAAUUUUAUGGUCAUCUCGUUUUCUAGAAAUUCAUUAAAACAAACCGGAGAUGGUCAUUUCUCUCCUAUCGGAGCAUAUAAUCCCGAGAGGAAUAUGGCACUUGUGCUUGACGUUGCAAGGUUCAAGUAUCCACCGUACUUUGCAUCAGUAGAUUUACUAUUUGAUGCCAUGCAACCCCUGGAUAAAGUAACCAAUUUACCCCGUGGAUACUUUCUUCUGUCGUCCAAUCCUCACCACAAAGCGAUUCCCCUGUGUAAACUUUCACAAGAAAAGGAUGGUAAUAAUGUGAUGGUUAAUUGGACGACACUUGGUAAAACUUUUUGCCAGGAUAUUCCAAGGCAAUUACAAACAGAACGUCCAAAAACUCUAGAAGAAGUAGCAAAGAUCGUGUUAGACAAUCCAUCACUGAGGUCACUGGAACGCGUUAGAUCGGUGGAUGCUAAUACUUCAACAGGGAAUUCGGAAUCAGAGCAUCUUAAUAAACUUGUAAACGACAUCUCGAAAUCGCCAUUAUACCCAAUCGUCUAUUCCAUCUAUCGUCAAUCCAUUCAACCAAAAGAGCUAGAGAAUCUCGUAGAUCAUAAAGCAGCAUUUGCUACAUUGUUUCUACUUUCUUCGCCGUCAACGAUGUUUUCAGGUCUGGAACCAGCGUUGGCAAAGAAACUAGAGUCAUAUCAGGAUCGCGUAGAUAUGUCACUAAUAUUAAAACAAGAGGUGGAAAGGAUGAACGAAGAAAUAAAAGAUUUGGUCGUGAAUUUCUGUAAUUGCGGCUCUAAUCCGCUGUUAGAUCUUGGAGGAACGCACAAUAAAACAUGUGGCACUUGUUCUUAA